AGAAUUAUAGAAAUGGUCCUAGCACAGAGAGAACCAACUAGACUACAACACUAAUUAAUGAAUACAUUAUAGUCGUCCGAUUUCAAGUCUUCUCAGUUUAAUCGUUUAAUAAUUCUAAAUUCCUUUUCAAGUUAAACCUCAUUAGCCAUGGCAGGUAAAAUGAUCGACCUGAACAAUUUAAACGUGCAGCAAUUAGCAAAAAUGAAGGAACAGGUAUACAAAGAAGUGAGUUUAAUACAAGACUCGUUGCAAUCUUUGAAAAUUGCACAGAAAAGGUACAUUAGUUCACAAGAGGCGCUGGAAAGUGCCAAAGGACGACCAUCUGGUACAUCCAUGAUGAUUCCUUUAACCAAGUCCAUGUACGCCGCUGGACAAUUAGUCAAUCCUGAGCAUGUGACUGUAUGCAUAGGGGCUGGAUAUUUUUUGAAGCUCGAAAUUAACGACGCGAUUCAAUACUUCAAAAGACGUGUCAACUUCCUCGUGGAACGUAUGGAAGGCAUCCAACAGAUUGGUUUAGAAAAACAGAAGUUACAGAAUGUUGUUACUGAAGUACUAGAGAUGAAAUUACAACAAGCUCAAACUGAAAAUAAAUAAACAACAGUUAUGCUAACACUUUUUAAUUAUUUUUUCCUAACAUUUAAUUGAUAUAAAGCUAUGUUUUGUUUUUAAUACUUAUUAAACUAAUCAAAUUUUGGUUAAAUAUUUUCUGUAAAUGAUUGGUACUGCUUCUUGUCCUUCUUAUUGAAGUAUAUUUUUUGUAUUGCAUUAAUCAUUUUUACUGUUAACAAAUUUAAUAUGCAUGUGUUCAAUUAUUGAAUUAAAAUAUUAUAUGUAUUUAAGAUUCUAACAAUUAAAAUAUAUAUAAAUUAUUAAUAGAUCAAAUUUUUAAAUAUUUUGUUCAACUAUCAUAAGUAUAUUUAUACAAAAUUAAGUAACAGUAAUAGAAAAUCUAAAGAUUUUAUUUUUUGUAGCAGCGUUUGUAUAUUUUAUGAUUAAUAUAUGAGAGUGAUAAAUGCUGUCUGCUAAACUAACUAAGCAUCUCCAACUGGCUAGUUUCAAAUUUUAAAAUGUAAGGACAUUUAUUUUAUCUAUUUUUAUCACUAUUUUAUCAACUAUAAUUAUAAUUUAAAGCACCCUCCAAUAAAAAUCUAUAGAAAUAAUAUUAAUUAUAUUAAUAAAAAUAUGUUAAUUAAUGUACAUAAUAUAAUGUUGUCAUACUCA